AUGAGAGUUUUCGGUGUGCUGGCCCUCCUUGCGCUCUCGGGCGUCGCCCAGGGAGGCACCAUUUGGCGGAGCGCGAGGGAGACGCUCCCGGAAGUGGAGAAAGUGAUCCCAGAGGCGCCGGAGGAGAUCAAGGAGUCGCCUAUCAUCAGUGAGGCCCCCGCAGAACCUGAGGCGCCGCGAAAUGAGAUUCCAGUGGUGCUCGAGGACAGCCCCAAGGAGAUGGUGAUGGAGGAAAUCCUCCCCAACGGAGAGCUUCUUGUGAAAACCGAAGUGGUGCCCGCGAUUGUGGCGGAAAUUAUCAGGGAGCCCGCAGUGGAAGUUGAAGAGGUCGUGAAUUCAGUGAAGCCUGAGGAGCCACUAAUGCCUCAGGAAAUGCCCUUGGAAAUGCCUCAAGAAAUGCCUCUGGAGGAAGAACCCAAGGAGAUGCUGAGAGAAGAGCCCAUUGCUGAGGAGAAUGAACUGAAAGAGCCUGAGAUGAUCGAGGAGAAGCCCCAAGAAAUGCCUCUGGAAGAGCCGAAGCCUGAGGAAAUCCCCGAGCAAAAGGAAGAAAUGCCCCAGGAGAUUCCCAAAGAGGAGCCUCAAGAGAUGGGACGAGAUGAGCCCAUUAGGGAAGAGAUCAUUGACGAGAAGCCCCAAGAAAUGCCUUUGGAGGAGCCGAAGCCUGAGGAGAAACCACAAGAAUUGCCAGAAGAGAGGCCAGAACCACCUCAGGAGCAGCCACAAGAGCAGCCACAGGAGCAGCCUCAGGAGGAGCCUAAAGAAAUGGGACGUGAUGAGCCUAUCAAGGAGGAGAUGCCUGAAGAGAAGCCUCAAGAGCAGCCGCAAGAGGAGCCAGAGAGGCCCCAGGAGCAGCCGCAAGAGAAACCCCAAGAGCAGCCGCAGGAGCAACCGGAAAAGCCACAGGAACAGCCUCAAGAUCUCCCAGCAGAGCAGCCUCGUAGUGGAUCACAGGAAGCUGAAGCAGAGAGGCCACAGGAACCUGAGCAGCAGCCCGAAGAGAAGCCACAAGAGCCCCAAGAGCCCCAGCAACAGCCCGAGGAGAAGCCCCAAGAACCUCAGGAGCCCCAGCAACAGCCUGAGGAGAAGCCACAGGAGCAGCAGCCUGAGGAGGCCCAGCCAGAAGCCCCAGCCAGUCCUCAGGAGCCAGAGGAGUCGCCCAGACAGAACGAAAUCCCCGCCGAUGGUGAGAAACCUGCUACUCAGCGUCCCAGCAUCAUACAAUCGUUCCAGAAUUCCUUCCAGAAUCUCCUGAACAACAACCCCAUCACUAAUGCCAUUCGUGGCCCCGGAAAUCAGGCGCAGAAGCCCCAAGAUGACGCUCCAGCGACUGAGAGACCCAAUCUGAUCCAGCAGUUCCAGAACUUCAUCAAUCCCAACAGGCCCCAGACGAAUCCCCAGAGCGAUGACGCCCCGCAGCAGCAGGCAAAUCAGAAUCCCAUCGGCCAGGCGUUCCAGAACGUCGUGCAGGGCUUCCAGAACAACGUGCAGAAACCCAUUCAGAACUUCUUCACCGGCGGCAGCCAGCAGCAGGCGCCCGAGAAGGCUCUGACUGAUGAAGAGGCGCCGGAGAAGCAGCCAGAGCAGCAGCCGGAAGCCCAACCGGAGGAGCAACAGCCAGAGGCGCCUCAGGAGGCCCAACCCGCCGAAGAUCUCACACAACCGCCCGCGGCAGAGGCCCAGGCGGAGCCCUAAGCCCCUAUCUUAAGCCACCCCUAGACGAUAGACUUCCACUUAGCUAGUUAGGCUCUCAGAUGAGUUCUAAGGCAGCUCCUAAAGUAAGAAUUGCCAUUAGCAGACGAGAGAGAUUGCGUGCCUUUAUUUAUUGAGGACCUCCCGGUAAAAGCGGAGGUCGACGAAAUCCCAAUAUUUAUAAUUUAUUAUUUGUGUGAUUUCGAGACCCUCCAAGUGGGGUUUCGGAAGUAUUCGCGAGAUUCAUUCUUGAUCAAAAUAAAGAAAAAAA